GCGGUACCGUCCAUCUUCACUAUCCUCUAUGGAAUCAUCAUCAAACAUCGGCUCCCUCAAUCACGAUCGCCAGCAGCGUUCCAUUACCACAAAUCAACCACAAAUGAACCAACACCAGACCUCUAUUACCCAGGCUCCUCAUUUGGGGCAUCGACAAUCUUCCCGCCGACCUCACAUUAAAUGCAGGAUCCUUGUUAUGGUUUUGUAGCACAGGCAGUGGAGAGAAGGAAACCCGAACAAGAAGGUAAAAAUAAGGUGGAGAAGGCCCACCAACGGAUGGAGAAUGUAGAAAGGUCAUUGAAGGAAUUUGAGGCGGCGGGAAAGGAGUUCUAUCGUCGCGAGAGAGAACGCUUUCAAGCUAGGGCAAUUGGCCACUGAAAACUUAUCAACCCCGACAAAUACAAUACUUGAAAAUUGAGACGGACGAAUACCUGAGAAGAGGUUUCAUAGCUUCGAAUACAC